AUGGGCAGACGAACGGGGGCGCCGGACUGGAACGAGUUCUACAAAAAUGGCCUCCCCUCAGAAGUCAUCGUGAUCGAAGACACCCCCGAACCCGACCCGAACGGCUCAAUCAAAGAGGUUGCAUCAUACCAUAUCAUCGCACCUACGAUACCUCCGAAUAGCGCAACAAAGAAACGCAAAUACGAGGAUGACUCUUCUUCGAUAUCCACCAGUGCCAAGAUCUCCAGCAAUCAGUCACUGCAAGCCUCGUCCAAAUCGACACCAUAUGACGUCCCUUCACCCUCGACCUCCUCCAAAGAUGCACGCGCUGCCAAAAAGAGAAGAACCCGGGGCCAGAACACAGCCGACCGCGACGGGACGCGUCAGUCACCUAGCGUUGUUGGAUACCAGGGAUUAUCGAAACCAGCUGUCAAGGCCAGAGACGUCGCAGUUCGGCGCAUUGCCCCCGGAGCCGGCAACAGAAGAGUCGACGAUGACGAUGGGCAUUACAUUAUUGUCCCAGACAGCCAUGUCACUAAUCAAUUCCAAAUAAAGCGCCUAAUUGGUCAAGGAACCUUCGGAAAGGUUGUCCAAGCCAAGGACUUGGACAAGAGCGAUUCCGUCGCCAUCAAGAUCAUUCGAUCCGUUCAAAAGUAUCGAGACGCCGCCAAGAUAGAGCUUCGAGUCUUACAGACACUUCGGCAGAACGAUCCAGAUAAUAAGUACAAAUGCAUUCAUCUCCGAGAUUGCUUCGACUUUCAAGGACAUAUUUGCAUUGUAACGGAGCUGUUGGGCUGCAGCUUGUUCGACUUCCUCAAGGGGAACGGAUUUGUACCGUUUCCAAACAGUCACAUCCAGAGCUUUGCAAAACAGCUGUUAACCAGUGUCGCCUUUCUUCACGAUAUCGGGAUCGUCCAUACUGACUUGAAACCCGAAAACAUUCUUCUGAAAGACGAGAAAUACCAAACGUUCACUUACCACCGCAACAUCCCUACAUCUCGUACAUCCUCUCCCCGGCAAGCGAACCAAAGGAAGGUCUUGUUAGGUUCGGAAAUCAGGCUUAUCGACUUUGGGUCUGCUACUUUCAAUGAUGAAUACCAUUCUUCGGUUGUUUCAACGCGGCAUUACAGAGCCCCCGAGAUCAUUAUGGGCCUAGGCUGGUCUUACCCUUGCGAUAUUUGGAGUAUCGGCUGCAUUCUUGUCGAGUUCUACACUGGUGAUGCACUUUUCCAUACGCACGACAAUAUUGAGCAUCUUGCCAUGAUGGAAGCAGUGUUUGACGCGAGAAUCGACCCAGAUCUAGUCCGCCAAGUCAACAAAUCAGGGUCUAAGAGUAGCAGUAACCCUGCCACAUACUUCAAGCGUUUGAAGCUCAACUACCCCACGCCGGAGACGACUAGGGGUUCACGGAGAUUUGUGCGAGCAAUGAAGAAGUUAACGGAGACCAUCCCCUCCACAAGCUCCUUCCUCCGCAAUUUCCUCGAUCUCCUUCAAAAGAUGUUUGCAUACGACCCAAGCCGCCGCAUCACCGCAAAGGAUGCGCUGCUCCAUCCUUUCUUUCAGGUUGUUCUUCGGGACGAUGGCACCGAAGCUGCAAGGAUCGCCCUAGAAAAAGCACAGAAGUCGAGAGCAGUUGGAUGA